AAGGGGGAUGUGACCGCGCCGCGGGAGCGCGCCGUGGAAUCGCCGUGGGUUUUGCGCACACGGAGACUGGGCUUACGCUGAUCUCCCUCGGGCACAUCGGAUCACAGUGGACUGGUUUCGCCUCCGUGUGGGUGAAUCCCAGUGAGAUCCAACAUGGUGGGCGUGCGGGCGCAGCUGUGUAAAUAGGGCAUUAUAAGAGAACGUCUUUUUCCUCUUUGUCCCGCUGAACUUCUCCUUCAUGUAGGAAAAGGGCAGGUUAUCGUGCAGUUGAUAACUUUACCGAGAGGAUUCUGGUUAAGGAGAGAGCGAUUGUCCCUAAACUUUGUAAGUGCACGAAGCCCCGGUGUUAGGAGAUGCGCACGGCUGAAGGCAUGGCGGCAGCUUUGCCCAGGACCCUUGGGGAGCUGCAGCUCUACCGUAUUCUGCAGCGGGCCAACCUGCUAUGCUACUAUGAGGCCUUCAUCCAGCAGGGCGGCGACGACGUGCAGCAGCUGUGUGAGGCUGGCGAAGAUGAAUUCCUGGAGAUCAUGGCACUGGUGGGCAUGGCCAGCAAGCCGCUGCAUGUGCGGCGCCUACAGAAGGCACUGCGAGACUGGGUCACUAACCCGGCGCUGUUCAGCCAGCCGCGGGCCACCCCCGUCUGCAGUGUUCCUGUCUAUAAGCCAGUGGAGCGGGCUGGGUCCGACUCAGACAUGGCCCUUGACGCCGAGCCUGCCCCCGCAUCACCACGAUCCUGGGCUGAGCCUGGCCUGUCCCCGGCUGAUCCUGCCGUUCCUGGCUCUCCGCUGGAGGUGCUGGACACCGCUGCUGUGCGCUCUGUCACAGAGUGCGUGACACGCCUGGCACAAACUCUGCCUAAGGUGGAGCUGGCCGAGGUGCGGGACCUCCUUAAGGGCAACAAGAAGCUGGCCAAGAUGGUAGGGCACAUCUUCGACAUGGUCGAUGAGGACCCACGCCGGGAGGAGGAGGUACGCAAGUACAGUGCCAUCUAUGGGCGUUUCGACUCCAAGCGGAGAGACGGCAAGCAGCUGACGCUGCACGAGCUGACGGUGAACGAGGCAGCCGCCCAGCUGUGCAUGCGGAACCUGGCUCUCCUAACACGCCGGGACGAGCUGUUCAGUCUGGCCCGCCAGGUGUCCCGCGAGGUCACCUACAAAUACACCUACCAGAGCAGCAGACUUCAUUGUGGUAACAGGGAAGAUCCUUCACCAAAGAGGAUAAAAACAGAGGAGGGCGUGUUUGACCUCCACGAGGCCAUGCAGCAGAUAUGCACACGGCAGGAGAUGCUGAAAGAGCGACUGACCCCCGUUACACCCACAGGAGGUGAGGCAGCAAUGCAGAGCAUUCUGACCAACAGGGCAGCGACAGCAGGCUGCUUGCCCACGUCUCUGACCCAGAUGCAGUUGGAGCGGCUGCUGGCCAAGCAGAUGGAGGUCCUGCAGGACGCUGCGGCCCGCGAGAGACUCCACACACUCAACUGGAUGCUUCCUCCACGGGGCCCCAAGCCGCUCCCCCAGCGCCUCAAUGGGAUCUCUCCGGACAAGGCCGAGCAGCAAGCAGAACAGCCACCCAACCCAAGGGUGUCCGGGCUGCGGUGGAGUAUCACCGAGGGUGAGUUGCCCUUGGGGCGGCAGCUGGCCAGCGAGCUGAAGAGAAGGCACUCCCUCAGCAUGGGAAGGGCCCCGCCCACAACCUCAGGUGAGCCACACCCACACCAUGCCGCCAUACCUCUCCCCAUGCCAGAAGAGGUUCUGACCCUAUAUCUCUCUCUUCCUCCCCCAGAGCAGAGGAUAAGGACAGACUCCGUGCAGGGCGUCCUUAACCUCUCUGAAGUCAAAAAGACCAUCAAGGUGGAGCCUGACUCCAGAUAGCUGCCCAGAUCACUGCCAGUCUGUUCAAACACUGACCCGCAGAGCCUUAACAACCAAUGUUGCCUCAGAAACUUUUUUUUUAACUUUCUUUAUACCAAAGUGCUUUUAAUGUACAUCAGUGGAGAAAGGGGGUCACAGUGGGGUCCAGGACAGGGUAUCCUCGUAGCUGACUGUACAGGUCCUGUUCUUACUGGUGCUCUGUUCAAACAGAGUAACUCUCAUUUUGUAUAUAUGUUGUUCCUUGGAACUGUGUUGUCGCCGUUAUUUAAAUGUGCUGUGUAUUAUAUUUCCUCAGAAGUGAGAAGAACAUUAAGGGGUUCUACUGAAUAUGCACCCGCAAGCAGCUGUGUAACAGAGAGGACUCAAGGCCAGGAUGCGUUUUUAUUCUGGAAAGGUUUACACUGCGCACUCAGCUGCUGGCUCACAGAUUUGUAACUGAAAGACAAAUCUGCUGCUUGCAGGUGCACUUAGCUCUCCGCUAUCACAGAUGAAGUCUUAUCACGUUCCAGUGUCUGUGCCGUGGCCAACAAAGCCCAUAUAUUUAUGAAAUAGUUUAAGAGGAGAUAGUGUAUAUAGCCAAAAGUAGAUGACAUAGUUACUUGAUUCAGAAAGCGGGGUUUAAUACCUCUUUUCUUCAUGAACCACUUUCCAGUACGUUUAUUAGUAGAUCAAUACUAAUUAAGUGUAUUUAGAGAAACCCAGUGAAAGUGUCUUGUUGUCCCACCACCAGAAUUGUUCAGCAUAUGAAACUUGUGUUGACUAGCGUAGCUGUAGUCCUACUUCUGAAUGAUGUGCAGAGUUUAGCUGUAACCAACGUAGAUAUGUUUUUCCCCUCUCAAUUUGGUGUUCUGUGCUGUUAGAUUUAGCAUUAAAGUCCUAGUUCCUUGUGUUUAUGCCAAAUAGACUCUCCAUGUCAGCACCUAUCCCCUCUUCCGACUCAUUGAUCAACAUACGUUCAUUAACAGUUAUUUACCAGCUGUCAUUUUAGCAACUCUGGGUAACGUUCGGUCAUGCCACACAUGUUCUAUCACCAGAAUUCAAGCUCUGUGUGUUGCUGUUCUUUCAGACAUUUUCCAUUUAAAUACCUCUUAUUUUUUUUAACACUGACCAGCUCUGUCCUAAAUCACAUUCGAUAGUCUGGGGGGAAAUGUGUGUGCUGGUUUUUGUAUUGUUUGUGAAGAGGACAGACUUCUUGGAUUUCGCAAAAGCAGGAAUCCUAUUUGUGAUUCCUAACAUGUUUGUGUGUGUGUGUGUGGAUUAGGUUUAUAUUACUUUGUGGGGACCAAAUGUAAAUGGAGGUGCGUGUGAACAGAAUAUUACGGGUUUUCAAAACCUGAAGAUCGCAAAUGGACUUUUAACAAUGAGUAGCUAAUACAGUUAAAUCUGCAAAAGUCUUAAGCAAUCAAAGAAAAUGAUGCUUAAAGCUUAUCUGGGCCGUUAAGGAAUUUUUGUUCAAAAAUGAAACACUAUUUAAUAUUAGAAUACAUAUUGAUAAAUAAAUAUUGAUACAAUAAAAAGUAACUGGAACUUGUAUUGAUUUCCAGAAAAGUUCUUGUAUGGUUAGAAGAAUUUACUUUUGGUUCCCAAAACUCUCCUAAAGGGAACCCCAGCUUGUCAUUCUAAGCAUGUGUUAAAUUUCACCACCAGCUCGCUUAAUUAACACAGUCAAUUAACAUCAUAAGAUAUUGAUUAGCCAAAACAUGUGGUGGGUCAGUAAUUAUAUACAGGGGUGAUUUGAGGAGAGGUUUUGAAAUGGCUAAGCCAAUCUACUUGACAAACACAAUUAUCUUUGGCCUAAGGCUUUUGCACAGUACAGCAUGACGUGAAUCUCAGAUUCAAAAGUAUGAUACAAAAAAGACGAAUGACAGGAGGUUAUUAAUUCAGAUAGAUUUGUCCAUAUUUGUCAUUUGUAAUGUAUUAAUUGUCUGUUUUACACUACAGUUUUAAUGCCCUAUGUCGCUCCAUUCUGCAUCCUAUCACUGUAUUUGGUGAAAAACACUCAAGUCCGUUAAGCUGAAAUUAUUUUGUAAACACUAAUAUAUUUAAUUUGUUAUACAGCACAUAAACAUUAAACUCUAUUUUUUGAAAUCUUA